GCCGUGCUGCAGCUGCGGAGCUGCUUGUCGUGGGUUUGCCGGGUGCAGCGGCAGGUGUUCGUACAGCUGAAAGACUCUCAGGCGUAUGUGCUGCGUCAGCUGCUGCAGUGCAGCGUGCUGCUGCCGCAGCUGCAGCAGGCGGGGCUGCUGCUGCUGCAGGCAAUGGGCCCCUGGGCCCCCGGAGCUGUGCUGCCAACUGUACCAUUUUCUUUCCACAUUGUCCCUUCUGUCACGAGGCCUUCAGUGUGUCCCCCGCGGGCAGUGUCUUCGUUGCUGGCAGCACUUGGUGCGGACCCUGCUGCUGCUGCUGCGCCCGGCAGCAGCAGCAGCAGCAGCAGCGGCAGCUCCUCCGCUGCUGCAGAGACGCACGUUGUUACACUCUCCACCAAACUGCCGUCCCUUAUGGAGACGCUUCGGGCUCCCUACACGCCUCAGCACCCGGCACUGGAAGACGAGGACUCGUUGCCUGAAGAGCCGAUGCCUCUGUUUCUGCUGUGCCGGCUGAGGAUAUCAGCAGCAGCAGCAGCAGGAGCAGCAGGAGCAGCAGCAGCAGAGAACAGUUUCCUGGGGCUGGCCACAGGCCACCUCUCCAUGGGCCCUUCAGAAACUGUUGUUGCAGAUGCAGCAGCAGAAGAGGGAGGAGAUGAAGCAGCAGGAGAUGUGCUGCGGGUUUGGCGGCAGGUGCAGAGUGCCUUGGCAGCUCAGCUGCUGCAGCAGCUCGCUGCAGCAGAAGCAGCAGCAGCAGGGGAAAAACAGUCAGCAGCAGGAAGCAGCAGUGGGGACACACUAGCGCCCCUUCUGGCCUUGCGAAUGCACCAGCUGUCUGCCGAGGUUGUGCGCAUGGAGGAAAUAGCGGAACUGCUGUCUUUAAUUGCAAGAGCUUCUCUUUCAACAGCAGCACAGCUGCGGGGAGCAGCAGCAGAAGCUGCUGCUGCUCUUUCCCUCAUGGGCCUUCCCGUCUAUUCCCUCAUUUUCGAGUGUCUUGAUUACCUGCUUGCUGCUGCGCUGCGGGCCCUCGAGGGCUCCAGCCAGCCUGCGGAAGCAGCAGCAGCAGCAGCAGCAGCAGAAGCACCCGCAACA